CCAAACAUGGACUUAGUACGAUGAAUAGGAACCAUGUUCAUUUUGCACCAGGUAUGCGAAAAAGUUGUCAAGUCCUCAUCUACAUGAAUUUACAAAAGGCAUUAGAAGAUGGUCUGCAGUUCUUUUUAUCAGACAAUAAUGUUAUCCUUAGCCCUGGCAACUGUGAUGGAAUUAUCUCACCAAAAUAUUUCUCCAAAGUUAUGAAUCGGGAGACUGGGCAGUCACUAGAUUUACUUACUAACAGUUGACAAAUGAAAUUGUGGAAGAUUGUUGACCAGUUGGCAGCUGUUUUGGUUACUGCUCAGGCCCAUAGCCAGCAAUUUCAAAAGGGUGGUCUUUUUCUGCAAAAGUGGACAUUUUAAUGAAACCAUCGUGCACCUAGAUAAGAUUUUAACUAGAGGGGACAUUUUCCUGGAAAAAGGGGGUUCUUUCCUGACCCCCCCUUCCUGGCUAGAGGCCUGCUGCUUCAGGGGUUUCAUCAGAAGUGAAAGACAAUCAUAACGCAAAUGCAAAAGGCCUGUUGGAAUGACAAGUUAUUUCCAUUGUUUCUUGUUUUGAAACCUUUUGUCAUAAAAUUAACACCAAGAUUGACUUCAAAUAAUGCUAGUGAUAAUUUGUUGACUAUGUUUCUGUUAAUGGCUUUCCAAAGGGAUCUGUGCUGUUACAGCAUUACUGAUGUGCAUUCAUUGGCACCAAUGAUAGAGGAAACCUGCUUGAAGUGUUUCUUUUAAGUAUUCUUGUAUUAAAAUCCAAGAGCCCCCAGUGAAGAGUAUGAACAUGUAUUUUAAGCAUCCUCUUAUUGCAUAACAUGUGAAAGUAAACUUAAUAUGUUUUAUUAAUCUGUUGAUUACAACUG